UGUCCAUCGGAUAUCUUUCCUCUUUCUCGGUUUGCCGUUUACUCAGAAUGUCUACUAUACAGUUACUGAGAUCGUUCGUCAGCCAGCGACUGACGGUGGCUGUCGAGGAAAUAAUAGGGAUGUUUGAAAAAACAAUAACUGAGUACGAGGAGGAGAUCGACCGGCACCGCAGGUUACUGGUUGCAGAGCAGCUACCCACCAUCAAGACAGAGUUACACACCGAAAGAGGUGUGUCUCAGGACAUCCAGUCGGUGAUUGUCAGUGCAGAGGUUCCCACUGAGAAGCAGGGUCUGGACGAGGAGGAUCCAGAGCCCAAAUGCAUUAAAGAGGAGCAGGAGGAAGUCCGGAGCAGUCAGGAAGGGGAACAGUUUCAAGGACUGCAGGAAGUUGAUAUACCAGGGUUCCAGUUGCAUCCUGUCACUGUGAAGAGUGAAGAUGAUGAAGAGAAUCCUCAGUUCUCACGGCUUCAUCAAAAACAAGCUGAUGAGAACAGAAAGGCAGAUCUUCCAGCCAGCAGCUCAGCUCAAAACCCAAAAGCUGUAGCUGUUGGAGGGGAAUAUGGAAGAUCAGAAUCAGCCUUUGACUUGGAUGUUGCUGGUUUUUUAAAAGCAGCCAGUGAUGGCCAGUUUUUCCUCUCACAGUGUUUUAAAACUGAGACUGAUGAUUUGGAUGAUAACUGGAACCAAAUGAUUGAAUGUCAGCCAUUUUCAGUUGCAGUAAAAGACAAGGAAGAUGUGUCUCAUAACAGAUCUCAUAAUCAGAAAAAACUCUAUAGGUGUCCGGCAUGCAGCAAAACAUUUAAGCACAACACAGCUCUACAGAGACACAUAACAUGCCAUACAGGGGAGAGGCCUUUUGACUGUACUGAGUGUGGUAAGAAAUUUAGGCAAAAGGGAAGUUUGCAUAUACAUAUGAGAAGACACACUGGAGAAAAGCCUUUUUGUUGCCUGGUUUGUGGUAAAAACUUCACCCAGAGUGGAACAUUAGCUGCACACAUGAGAAUUCAUACUGGUGAGAAGCCUUUCAGCUGCUCAGUAUGUAAGAAAAGGUAUAACGAAAGAGGGACACUGGUCAGACAUAUGAGAGUCCACACAGGAGAGAAACCAUUUACUUGCACACUUUGCGGUAAAAGAUUUAGUGAAAAGGGAAAUCUGAAUAAACACAAGAGAAUCCACACAGGGGAGAAACCAUUCAUUUGCAGUGUUUGUGAGAAAACAUUUAGUUUGCUGUCACACCUCAAAAACCAUAAAUGUCCUGGUAAAAAAAAUCACUGAGGCUGUAGAGCAGGUGCUUCAGCUGAAAUGUCCAAAAGUUACAGUGCAAUUAACCAGACCGAUAUAAUGAGUCUGUCAUUCAAGAAGAAAGCCUUUUUGGGCAUUUUAUUGAAUCUGAGUGUGUUAAUUGAUUUGUCAAAUCCUUUUAAAUCCCUUAUCCAAUCUAAUUACAUACAUAUACAUAUAAUAAAAGAUAGAAAUAAGUACAACUCAUUGUAAUGUACUGAUUGGGAGCAGAGUAUGAUAGGCCACAAAGAUGACAUUUUCCUCUUGCUUUUAUUGGGUAUUAUUACCAUUAAUUUAUGUGUUGGUGUUAAGUUACGGAUAGUAGUGUAUACACUUCUCUUAUACUGGUGUUUUUAAUGGUACCAAACAGCUGUAAGGUGUAAAUGUUGAAAUACCACUUUUGAUUGAAAGGUACCCUAUAGAGUUGAAGACGUCUGGUAGAGGAGCAUUUUCUUUCUUUUUUUUUCUCUUUGUUUAUGAGGGAGACCCUGUUUUGUUUGUCAUGUCAAUGUACAUUGCCAGUGGCAUGGCUGAUAGUAUUCCGGCGGCGUGCCGGAUCUCCGGUGUACCGGCGUGACUGCGAAAAAAACAAAAAAAAGGAGUUCACCCAGAUCUAACAGACAUUGCUCUGGAUCCAAGAGAAGUGCAGCUUUCUCUCUCAACCACACUAACAAUAAGCAUACUAGCCAAUCAAAAGUAGGGCGGGACUCGGGUCUUGACAAUCUGGCAGGCGCUUCACGUGCUGUCGAAAGUGAUCCCCAACUCACAGGACGGACCGCAAGUUUAUGAAACCAGCGGAAGACACCAAAGAUGUCGACAAAGACAUAAAGAAUAAAUGGCGCUGGGCGUGGAUAGAGGAGGUGGGUAGCGAUGGCAAGCCCUUUGGGAGUUGGUGCCAAAAGUUCCGGCAACAUGGGGGAAAAUGUUUCUGCACGUUGUGUGCAAGGCAGCUGAUGUAUGGAACCAGCGGCAGAAAAGUCCUCUCACAUCGCGAGUCAGACCCUAGCCAUAAAGCAACUGUCCGUGCCAUUCAACACACAUCACGUUUUAAUGGAACUGAAUGGUCGUUUUCUGAAGUAAACUAUAUUUGUUAGUUUUCUAUUUUUAGAUAUUUGUAAAUUUCAUUGUCAUUUACUUAACUUUUAGUUUUGAAGAAACAACUUUAGGAUUACAGUAUUAUCUACAGUUCACUGUAACUGUUUAAAAACUAUUUAAAAUAAGUGGUACAUAUUUUGCACUUAUGUUUAAAAAAGUUAAUCAGUUGUUCAAGCCCUUAAGUCAAUGGUUGGGCUACUAAUCAAAUCUUUUUCUACUUUGGAGUACUAUUGCCACCUACUUUUUAUUUGUAUUAGUUUAUUUGCCUGGGACAGUGCAUAGUAAUAAAUAUAUCUGUAAAUAUGCCAGAAUUAGCCCAAAGGCUAGUUUUCAUCUGUUGUCCCUGGCCAGGUGUGAGUUGGCAGCCUAAAAUCAAGAAACACCUUUCUUUGUAUUGCUGUAGUAUAAUCUGUAGUCAGAGUAUGCUAAGAGCAAUGUGACAAUAUGGCAGAUAGUUGUGUGGCGAGAUAGUUAAAAGGGUUAUUUUCAAAUAAUGUUAUAUAUGUUAUGUGUUAAAAUGGUGCCGCAUACACAGCACCCCCCACCCCUCCCCACCUCCCGGGGCACGGAAAAAAGUUCAGGCUCAGGAUUUUUUCCCACUAUCAGCGCUGCAGUGGUUUCACUGUUACUGUGACUGUUGAUACAGGUGGCUGUUGUGCACAUCAUUUGCUUGCAGUGCACAAGCAAAUGCAGAGAUGAUUUCAAGUAAAUACGAAUGUAAACCCUGGAUUUAAAAUACUUAAUUUGUUUGCAAAUGUUUUAUGCAGAAGGAAAUGCAUUCAAGAUUGCUAGAGCUCAAAGAUACACAGCAAAGCAGUUUGGUAAAUAUCACUCAGUGCCCUAUUUGAACAAACUAAGCGCAUGGCACAAGUGCAUUUAGGGGGUGUCCAAAUUCACUUUGAUAGUUAAACAGUGAAAAAAAAUGGUUGCAGCGCAAGGGGCAUGCUUCGAAGGGAUUGUACUUAGUCUAUUAAUUAUGUGUGUGUUUUGGGCAUUACAUGCAGUAAACCAACCAGUGUCAUCUCACAUUCCCUUUAAAAGCCAGUUGUGCUUACAGUUUGGCAUAUUUUCCAAGCAGUAAGAAGGAAUGUUUCUCUGCAGAGGAAACAUCUGCUUGUAUGGGAAGGGUUAGGAUUAGGGUUAGGGUUUACAUAUAUGUGUAUUAAUUAAUAUACAAUUAUUAUAUUCUUACUAAUAAGGACAAGACUAAACUAUUCAAUUCAAGAAUUCAAAGAAGUGUUACAAAAAUGUUUACUAGUUGCUCUGUUAUAACAUAAAUCCUUUUAAAUUGUCAGGUUAAGAGACCCACAUUACUCCAUCAAUCAAUGAUCAAACUAUCCAAGUGAAUAAAGAAAAAUAUCCAACACUAGUUAUGACAUUAAUUUUUUUCAAAACCUUUUUGUCACAGUUGAGAGGGGCAGAAUAACAGAAUAAGUACAACCAACAAUUGUGAGCUGCUAAGAACAUGUGUGACAGAUGUAGCAUAUUACAAAAACAAAUGGCUGCACACAGCCUUGCAGAUGUG